UACCAUUUACGACACCGUGAGCAGAAGCAGGGCAGUUGUCAUAUUUUCCAGCUAUUUUCAGGCGAUCCUGACCAAUUUAACAGGUAGGCUAUGGCGCAGCAGUGCGUGUCAAAGGUGGAACUGACGGUGUCCUGUGAGAAUCUGCUGGACAGAGAUGUCACGUCCAAGUCUGACCCGUUGUGUGUCUUGUUAAUGAACUCAUCCUCAUCGCAGUGGUUCGAGGUGGGCCGCACUGAGAAAGUACAAAACUGCCUCAACCCAAAGUUCGCCAAGAAAUUUCUGUUGGACUACUAUUUUGAGGUGGUGCAGAAGAUUAAGUUUGGCAUUUAUGACAUUGACAACGCAACGGUGGAUCUAAGUGACGACGACUUUCUUGGGGAGUUUGAGUGCACACUUGGCCAGGUUGUGUCCAGUAGAAAGCUGACCCGUCCAUUGGUUCUGAAGAACAAGAAGCCUGCAGGAAAAGGAACCAUCACGAUUUCUGCUGAAGAGAUCAAGGAUAACAGAGUGGUGAACUUUGAGGCAGAAGCCAGGAAACUUGACAACAAGGAUUUCUUCGGAAAGUCAGAUCCUUACUUGGAGUUCUACAGACAAAUGGACUCGGGAUGGCAGCUUGCUCACCGGACAGAGGUGGUGAAAAAUAAUCUGAACCCCAGUUGGAGGCCCUUUAAAAUCCCCUUAAGGAGUCUGUGUGGGGAAGAUAUGGACAAACCUAUUAAGGUGGAAUGUUACGAUUAUGACAGUGACGGGUCACAUGACUUGAUCGGGAUAUUUGAAACGACUCUUACACGCUUGACAGAGGCUUCGCGUGCAUCGCCGGCUGAGUUUGAGUGCAUAAAUUCAAAGAAACUACAGAAGAAGAAGCACUACAAGAACUCUGGCAUUGUGGUCAUCAAGCACUGUGAGAUUACGAAGGAGUACACAUUCCUGGAUUACAUCAUGGGAGGAUGUCAGAUCAACUUCACGGUGGGUGUGGACUUCACAGGGUCUAACGGUGACCCUCGCUCUCCUGAUUCGCUGCACUACAUCAGUCCCAACGGGGUCAACGAGUACCUCAGUGCCAUCUGGUCUGUCGGCCAAGUCAUCCAGGACUACGACAGUGAUAAAUUGUUUCCUGCAUUCGGAUUUGGAGCCCAAAUUCCACCUAACUGGCAGGUUUCCCAUGAGUUCCCUCUGAACUUCAACACCACCAGCCCCUACUGUCAGGGCAUUGAAGGAGUAAUCGAGGCGUACAGAGUAUGUCUUCCUCAAGUGCGUCUUUAUGGUCCCACAAACUUCUCCCCGAUCAUCAACCACGUGGCGAGGUUUGCCUACGAUGCUGCCAGCCAGAAAUCAGCAUCGCAAUACUACGUGCUGCUCAUCAUCACAGAUGGCGUGAUCACAGAUCUGGACCAGACCCGGUCGGCCAUCGUGAACGCCUCGCGUCUGCCCAUGUCCAUCAUCAUCGUGGGGGUGGGCGGGGCCGACUUCAGCGCCAUGGAGUUCCUAGACGGAGAUGACGGCCGCUUGCGCGCCCCCAGCGGAGAGACGGCUGCCCGCGACAUUGUACAGUUUGUGCCUUUCAGAAACUUCCAGAAUUCUCCUAAGGAGGCGUUGGCCCAGAGUGUUCUGGCUGAGGUUCCUGGUCAGCUGGUCUCCUACUUCAACAUGACCAAGCUCCCUCCGCCCUCCCAGCCCGCCCCUCCAGCCCAGGAAUGAACUUCUCAACAGCCAAUUAAAACGCCACAUGCAGAGACCACGUCCAUUGUGAGCUGUCAGUCAAACUGUUCUCCUCUCCAAGCCUCUGCAGCCUCUGCACACACACACACACACACACACACACACACACACACACACACACACACACACACACACACACACACACACACACACACACACACACACACACACACACUCACACACACACACACACACACAUCCCCUUCAUAUAGCCCAAAUGUUAGGGGAAAGCUAGGAUGAAUGAAAUGCCUACCUAGAGUCCCUUACAAGACUGUAAUUUGUCCUCAAAUACUGUUGUUGGCUCCUAUAGAAGUUUUCCAAAUUCUCAGGCACAAUAUGAGCAACUCCCCAAGUGCCAAUAUGUUUAACAGUAUUAUUAUGUUGAUUAUACAAUAUGCUUAAGCUAUAUUCCUAGGACGCUAUACAUUGACAUGCCAUUAGCAGGCGUUUUGGCAGAUGAACGUGUGUGUGUAAAAUUGACGUCAGAAAAGAAACAGCAGCGUUUUCUUCAUCACAUGUCCACUUCAUCCUGGCUCUCCUCAGUACAAACAAAUGGAACACAGCCUUAAUGCAUCACUGUCAUCCUCUGAGCUACUUGGACUGUUAUUCUUCUAGCUGGGUUAUUAAAACUGGAGGUGCUAAUUUCUCUUGUAGGGAAAAGACUGCACUAAAACACACACACACACACACACACACACACACACACACACACACACACACACACACACACACACACACACACACACACACACACACACACACACACACACACACACACACAAGCACACACACACACUCUCUCUCUCUUUGGCUUCUUGUGUAAAUAGCAAUCGCAUUUGUAUAGUAAAUUGUCAUAGAUAACUGCAAACAGGAAGACCUCAAUGUUACUUCAAGUGCUUUAGCAUGUGCAUAACGCUAACUCUCAGGCUUACUUACGUACCUACCAAAGUUUCCCGAAAUUCCUAUGAGCACAAGAAGCAAACAUCCCCUAAAGUAUAGAGUUGGGCAAAAGUUGUUUGAGUUUACAGAGUUUUUAAAAAAUGUUUGUGGACCUGGUUCAUUGAAAGUUGGAGUUAGUUGUGCGAUUUGGAGACCAAGUAAAAAGCAGGGACUUUAUAAGCUGCUAUGUCUGUUGAUCAGUCCGUUGCAAACUGAUUUUCUUCUUGGCGGGUUUGCAUGCCAAGUAGGUCUGUUGACCUAUGUGGAAAGACCAUACCUUGACCAAGAUGUAGCCACCUUUUUACACAGACGAUCUCAUAUUCCAUCACCUAGUGCUUAGCUAGCAUCUUUUAUACAAUAGUGCGGAAUCAGCAGUAUGUAACAUUUAGCCUGCUGGCUGAAGUUCAUCUUUCGCAUGGCAUGCAGGUAGGCUAUGGCAUGGCAUGCUGCACCACUCUGUUACAAAGCAGAUACGGGCGAGAUAAGAGCGUUGUAAAUGAGCUAUCUCUGAUGUGGAAGUCCUACAUGAACAUAGAGCAGCAGUGGCUUACAAAAUAAUAAAUGGGAUCAAAUGAAGUAUUUUGUCAGUCAUCAGGUUGUAAUGGUCAAACAUUUCAGUUCUAUGUGUUUACUGCUGCCCAGUUGGUCCAAUGUUUAGGUCCCGCUUUGCCACCUCAUUUCCAGGAUUUUUCAGUUCAGGACUAUGUCUAGUGAUUGACAUACAUUAUGCAACAAUCCCCAGUAAACAAAAAGAGUAGAGCUAGUCCUAGACCUAGAUUCGAAUCUGCUGGAACUUGGUAGCCACCCAGUGGAUGGAGAAGGGACACUUUUGAUAUUUUCAGUGCUGCUGCAAUCUUAAGUACAGCAUUGAUGUAGCAGUAUAACAGCACAUGCACUUAAAAGUGACCUAAUUGUUUGUUUAUGAUACCCACUCCUCUUGGGAAACAAGUGUACAGUACACAGGUCCAAUAACUAGACGAUCUCUGUCGAAAAGCCAUAUCAUGUCUGAUUAGCCAAGGAGUUCACAAUUAAAUAGCAAAGUCAAUAAAUAGUAGUGUGUUUUUGUAAUAAAAUAGACAUCUGUGAUGAGAAUUGAGACGUUGACCAUAGUUGAGAAGAUAAUGUCAUGUAAAGUACUGUCAAGCAAAUGAGUUUAAAGAAAUAUAUUACUUUUCAGAUAACUUAGCUGCUUACCCUUUUAUUAGCACUUUGUCACUCCAGAAUUGGGAAACUUUCUCAAUCAUACAAAUGGCCUUGUGUAUAUAUCUUUCAGAUGUAUUUACUUAUAUCCUCUCUAGUAUCACGCCCUUGUCCUAAUGUAAUAGAUGCCAAAGUUUCAUCUCAGUAUUAAUUUGUUCGUUUUAGUGCUUUUUGCCAAUUUAAAUGUUAUCUCAUAUUUUACUUGUUUCAGCAUCGAAUUAGUUCUGUAUAUAUUUUAUCAUACAUUCACUUAUAUUUUGUAUGUGUUUUUAGCACGUGUAUUGCUGUUUUUUACUAAGAGUAUCUGUCAAGCAGAGGGAAAGACAUCAUAAAACACCUCUCCUUCUCUUCUGUUUACACACACACACACGCACACGUGCGCGCACACACGCGCACACACACACACACACACACACCAGGGCUUGACAUUAACCUUUUCACCCACCGGCCACUGUGGCUAGUGGUUUUCCCGAGUCACUAGCCAUUCAGGUAAUCCACUAGCCACAGAUUUUAUUAAACAUUUUUUUUUAUCAUAGUAGUGCUGGUCUAACCUCAGAAGAUGAGGUGCUAAAGCAAGAUGGGUGUAUAGCUAUCUACAUGGAAGCAUAUCAAGUAAAUAGAAAACUGAGUUACUGAGAUUAUUCUUGAACUUAUUCUUGAACAACUAAUUGAUACACAAGGGGCAAACAACAGAAUAUAGGCUGCUAUGAUGCGUAUGCCAUUCCAAGGAAUAAGCGGCCAGCCAAAUUGGCUAGUGACACUGAAAGUAUUACUAGCCACAGCCAAGUUUUACCAGCAUUUGGCCGGUUGGCUGGUGCCAGUGUCAAGCCCUGACACACACACACACACACACACACGUGCGCGUACACACACAUGUAUACAUAGACCCUAUGACCAAACAUUCACAACAAGUCAGAAAUUGAAGAGUCAUUGAGAACAGAAGUUACUGCAAAAUAGACCCUGUCACAGAAAAUGUGACUUAUAAAACCAUGUGUUAUUCAACCAUUUUGCUGAAAUGCAAAAUAGAUGGCAAUGGUGGUCAAAUUCAGGGUCUGUUUUGCUGUUACCAAAGGUGCCACUAGGAUAGGAAAAGUUAUAUUGAUUUGAAGAGCCCAGUGUCCCAUUGGAGCCUCAGUGAGAACAAUAUUGAUAACAUUAUUGAUAAUGUUAAUACUAAAUAAGAGCCCCAAAAUAUGAUUGAUAGGUAUGGCACAUAAAUUCUAGUGGGACCAUAGCAGUACUUACAGUAGCUAGGAUAUGAUAGACAUCACAAGUCAUUGUAUUAACCGUAUGCAUCCUUCUGCGUGCUCUCUCCGUAGUUUACUGACAGGGUCUACAAAUGUGUCAACAAAUAAUUUCAAUUAACGUGAAAAAAGGGGCAUUACGACUGAUCACUUGUAAUCUGAAAUUUAACAGAAGUCUCAUGUACUUGAUCUGAAUAUAUGAUUCCAUUGUGUGAAAUGUGUAUGUCCCAAUUACAUUCUGAAAUUAACAAUUGAAACAUCUGCAACAUAAGUGUGUGUAACAUGAAAGCUGAAUAAAUGCUGUAUGUAAUUA